AUGUUGGAGUGGUCGCUGGUCACGACCGCCCUUCUCGGCCUUGGGCCGCUCGCGCUCUUGUACUACAUCACGUCCAGCCCGUACUGGCGUGGGCUGCACAAGCUCCCCGGCCGCCAUCGUCGUCGCUUCUGCUUGGCCUCGCCAGACAUCACGGGGCGCGACUGGGACAAGGGCCAAUACCCGCAUCCGAGCGUGAGCUAG